AUGGCCCAGCACGUCGCGCGCGCCACGCAGACCUGGCAGCCGCAGAAGUACCUCAAGUUCCAGCGCCAGCGUCUGCGUCCGGCGCUAGAGCUGCUGGCCCGAGUGUCCGAUCUACCCAGCUCCGAUGCCUCAGUGGAGAUCAUCGACCUCGGCGCCGGAACGGGCAACAUGGCCCCGUCCUUCCUGAAGCGAUGGCCGAACGCCAACGUGACGUUCGUGGACUCGUCGGCGUCGAUGCUCGAGGUCGCGCAGCGCGAGCACAAGGAGAACGAGGCGCUCGACACUCAACGCUUCGCCUACGUGCAGGGCGACUUCGAGACAUAUGAGCCUGAGCGACCCGUGGACCUCAUCUUCUCCAACGCGGCCCUGCAGUGGGUGAACGCCAAGGAGCACGAGCAGAUUCUGCCGCGACUGUACUCCUUCCUCAAGCCUGGAGGUGUGCUGGCCUUCCAGAUCCCGGACACGCGGCUGCAGCCCAGCCAUCAGCGCAUGGUCGACGCGGCCGAAGAGCUGGGACUGAGUGCGCGCGUCGCUGGCGUGCGGUGGGUCACGUGCGAGAAGGACCCGAGCUUCUACUACGAGCUGUUCAAGGCUGUCGACGCCGGCGUGGGGCUCGACAUGUGGGCCGCGGUGUACGCGCAGGUGCUCGAGGGCGACAACCCGGUGGCCGACUUCACAGGGUCCACAGCGUUGAGGCCGUACAUGGAGGCGUUGGGGGAGCCCUCGACGGAGGCCUCGCAGUUCGAGCAAACGUACCGUGAGAUGAUCGCCGCCGCGUACCCGAAGCAGAGCGACGGCAACACGAUCUUCAACCUCAAGCGCUUCUUCGUCAUGGCCACCAAGCCGCUGUAG